CGCCCCGGCUCUCGCACGGAUCCCAGCCGGAGUGACGGGAGGGAUCUCUGGUCGCUCGCGCUUCGCAGCUAUGGCGCCUCGGGGCCGCGCCCAGUCCCCAGUUUGCCGGCUGAGCCUCCGCUCUUGUCUCUGCUCACUCCUGCCCUGAGAACCCGGGCGGCUCCGAGGGAGCGGGGAACGCGGCCGGCGACCGGGACCAUGAGUAGCGGCGGGACCCGCGAGGCGGCUAGCCCGAGGCGGCGCGGCACCUGCUGAGAGAAAAGAGGGAGCGGCCCGGCGCGGCGAGCGGCUGAGGUGCGGCGGAGGCUGGUCCGCGCCUCGGCCAUGUCGCUGCUCUGCGUGCGUGUUAAAAGAGCCAAAUUCCAGGGUUCACCAGAUAAAUUUAACACAUAUGUGACCCUGAAAGUCCAGAACGUGAAGAGCACAACUGUAGCAGUUCGUGGUGAUCAACCUUCCUGGGAGCAAGAUUUCAUGUUUGAGAUCAAUCGUCUUGACCUGGGCCUAAGUGUGGAGGUGUGGAACAAAGGACUGAUAUGGGACACGAUGGUGGGGACUGUGUGGAUCGCACUGAAGACUAUUCGUCAGUCAGAUGAGGAAGGACCUGGGGAGUGGUCUACCCUGGAGGCAGAGACAUUAAUGAAAGAUGAUGAGAUCUGUGGAACUAAAAACCCAACUCCUCAUAAAAUUUUGCUUGAUACAAGAUUUGAAUUACCUUUUGAUAUCCCAGAGGAGGAAGCCAGAUACUGGACCUACAAAUUGGAGCAAAUCAAUGCCUUGGCAGAUGAUAAUGAGGUCACUGGACCUAUUUGGGCUGGGGAGAGCAUCAGACUUUUGAAGACCCUGAUAGUGCUGUUGAUGACCGGGACAGUGACUAUCGCAGUGAGACCAGCAACAGCAUCCCUCCUCCUUACCAUACAACUACCCAGCCCAACGCUUCUGUUCACCAGUUCCCUGUGCCAGUGCGAUUGCCACAGCCGUUGUUUCUUCAGGGCAGUUCCCGGGACUCUUGCAAUGAUUCUAUGCAGAGUUAUGACUUUGAUUAUCCAGAGCGUCGGGCCCUCAGAUAUUCUUGAAGAUUCUACCAGCAGUACUUCUGAAGAACUUCUAUAUUCCCCCAUUUCUGAUGAACAGGAAACCAUGUCACCAACAUGGCAUCCAUCCAAUGUCCAUCAUAUGGGAAACUUUUCUGAAGAAUAUUAUGAGGCAAAUUCAACAUUGCCAUUACAAAGGAUGGGCUGUGAUGUAAAUGCAACUGGAGAUUUGUUCAGAUGCUCCAUGGAAGAUAUGGCCCCUUCCUCUAUCGAGGAACCCAAAGAGAACUUCAUUGACACGAUGGAUGAGCUUCAGUGUUUGGUAGAAACAGUGUCAGAAUAUUUAGAUGAGAAGGAAGAAGAGAUUAAUAGAUUUGGUUCCCUUUCAAAAACUAAAAAAACACAUGAACACAAUACCACUGUUGAUAAUGCAGAACGAAAAACACCUGAGAAUCAAACAUCACCUUUAACUGUUACCCAGAAUUCCAUGGCCAAGGCCAUAUCUUUUCCUGAGCUGAAUGGAGUAAAAUGUGCUGUUGGUUCUUUAUUCAGUUCAUUAACAGAAAAGGUAGGUUCAGGCACAAAGCAUCUUACAACCUCUGUGGAAAAACUGGUUCAUUUAGUUCCAGAGAAAACAGAAAUUCUUAAUCAAACAGAGACAGUUAAUUUGGGAACUAGCCCCAGUGCCGACUCAGUAUUAGAGAAGGAUCUUUCCACACAGUCUUUAUUAUCCUCUCAAACACCUGAUGAUAAGGAUGCUGACAGACAUGGCAAAGCCUCUGAGGAUGAGCACCUGGGUGAAGAGACUAAAGGUGUAAGCUUUCAGGACGGCACAGAAACUAUGAGAAAGAACUGGGCUCCACAGAGUCAAAGUUCCAUUAUGAAGUCUGUUUUCAGCAUGCUGAAUCCAUUAAAGAUAUUUUCUGAGAAAGAAGAAAUCAAACCUGAAGCCCAUAGCAAAGCACCGAGGAAGGAAAGCUUUGUUGUGUGUGCUUCAGAGUCAAAUCAAAGGGAGGGCGUUCUUGACAACCAGAGUAGUCUUGUUGCUGUAAACAGAAAUAAAAGAGAAACUACAGAUCUUCAAAUCCAAGUAAGGGAAGAUUUGCUGUCCUUAAAAGUGACUGAUGAACCUACAAACAUAGCUAGUAGUACAAGUAAGGAACGUGAUUUUGAGAACCUAUUGGAUGGAAAACCUUGUGUAGAUCUUUCUCUGUUACAAGACCAACCAAAACUAAGUGCCAAAGAUACUAGGGAACAUUUUGAUAUAUCUGAUAGUACCCCUGAAAAUCAAGAGCCUUCUGCAAAGUCAUUAGAGGAAGAUAAAGUUACCAGUGAUGAUGAUUUCCUUGAGCCACUCAGAAAAUCAUUUAGUCAGUUUCUGUUUACUUCUCCUGGGACCUGUCAAAAGGAAACUUUGUCUGAAUCUGUAAAAAUUCUUAAGGCUGAGGAAGAUGGACAGAAAAGGGGUGGUAAGAAAGAUGAACAUUCGUUUUCAUUUAGUGGAAAACUACGUAUUCCAUUUUUCAGUGUCCUUAGCCAUUCUGAAAAGCAUCAGAAUGUAAAAGAGAAAGGAAGCAUUUUUCCUUUGUUUAAAUUUCCUUUCACUGACAGCCCCAACACUGCUAAUAACCAGACUUUUCACAGCUCAGUGGCAGUCACUGAUAAAGAGAUCCUACAAGAUAGCCACAUGGACACUAGGCUUAGUUCAGUAAAAUCUAGUCCAUUUCCAGAUAUUCAUAAUGAUCUAGAGAAAUUGGGUAAUACUGAGGAAUUCAAUAACAAUGAGCAAAUAAAUUGUCCUGAAGAUGUUGAACUUAAUUUAGUAAAAUCUAGUUCAUUUUCAAAUAUUCAUAAUGACCUAGAGAAAUUUAAUAGCAUAGACGAAUUUAAUAAGAGUAACCAGAUAUGUUGUUCUGAAGAUGGGAAGUGUAAUACAAUGAGGUCUGACUCACCCUCUAGUAUUAAUAGUGAUUUUGGGAAAUUUGGGAGUUUAGAGGACUUGAGCCCCAACAACCAUGCAGCAGUAGAACAUUGUGGAAGAGCUGACCCUGACAUUAUGCCUAAAGAACACAUAACUUUAGAGCUCUCAGAAGAACUUGAGAAUCUUACACAAAAAGGGACAUUUCCCUUGAUGCCAGACUCUUCACUGGAGCUUAUUUCUGCCAUUUCAAAGCCCAUAUUGGUUAAUGACAUUAAUGAAGACAAAGUUGAAGAUAAACCUUCUAAAAAAGAAACCCAAAGAGUGUUCCCUUCUGACCUUUUAAACAGGUUUACUUCUCAAGAAAACAUACCUAGUCACCAGGAAUUCAAUCUGAAAAAUGGCUGUUCUCAUCACAAGAUUAGUACCUCAAGCCCAUUACUCUAUGGAAUAAUUAAUUUGAUAUCAAGCAGCGGUGCAAAUUAUUAUAAUCCAAAUGAAGCAAAGCUCAUGUCUUUAGAUGACACAAAAUAUUUGGAUGGAAGUAAGCAUUUAUCCACAGAUGAAGUCCUUGUUGAUUCAUGUAUGACUUCUGAGAACCAGAGGAGCCAGGUAGAAAACAAUGAAACUUCUAGUUUCAUAAAAAGUUCUUUAUCGUUAUCUCAAGAAACCAUCCCAUCAUCUAAUGAUUGGGUUGAUAAUCAUCUUUUCCCGCCUGCAUGGAAAAACCAAGAGUGUACAAAACAUUGCCCUUCUUCUGAGAACAUACUCCAUUGUACUGAGCAGGGUCUCUUAGAGAAGUCUUUGGCUAACAGGCCAACACCAAACAAUAUUCUUGAAGCAAAACUUCCCAAAAGAUCAAACAAGUUAAGUUCUCCGGUACUAAAUACUAACAUUUUAAAUUAUCAGGGUUUUGAUGAGAACUAUUUUGAAUGGGAUCUUGAUAUAAAAGAUUUCUCUAAAAACUCCAGAAGACUUCAACCAGUUUAUCAUCUAUUGAAUCAAAGUACAUUCCAAUCAGCAGAUGCUUUCUUGCGGCCUGACUCAGAAAAUCCAGUAAUAAAUUUGUGCCAAAAAGAUCAAAAUGCAAAUAUCUUUGAGUGGGGCACAAAUUCAAACAGUGUCAUUUCGUGUGACUUACCAUAUGAAUCAUCCAACCAGCUAGCAUUUAAUGACGGUUACUUAUUAAGAGGUGAUAUGUGGGCAGCCAGCUCAUUAUACAGAAACUCUGGUUAUCUUCCAGUUAAUGAGACCAAGAAUUCACUAGAAGAAUUGCCCAUUGAUUUAAGUUACUCUUCAGAUUAUGAGAAAAUUAUGUAUUCUCUACUGGAGCAAGAAUCAUUAAGAAUGGAUGAAAACUUUAUCUUUUCAAGUUUUGGUUAUGAGUACCAGGAGUGGUUAUCAUGUCUUGAAAAUGGAGUUUGGUGUCCCUCAGAGGAUGGGAAUUAUGGAUAUUAUAUGUUUCAUGAUGGUCAGUAUAUAUACUCUCUUCUAACGGAUUCCACUGGGCAGUAUGUAUAUUUAUUUAUACCUGAUUACUAUUAUCAUGAAUAUUUGAAGUAUAAUUUACGAACGGAUGAUCUUCCAAGUACUAUGUUAGAUGACAGUAUUAUUUCUGCCCAUAGUCUUGAAGUUCUUAACAAGGAAGAUGAUUUAGUAUGGUAUGUUGAAGAAGAACCAUUUGAAGAUCCUCUUGAUUUAUCUUUAAGCUGGCCAAGAAGUGAGAGGUCAUUGUAUGUAAAUCUAGAAACCUUUUCUCAAGUGCUUGAAUCAAGUUUUGACCAAAGGGAUAAACCAUUAGAUUUUUCAGGCUAUAAUUCUCAAAAAUUUAAAAGAGAUUUUAGAUCUUUUGUAGGGAGACCCUAUGGCUUGGAAGACUUUGAGUGUAUAUUGGAUCUUAGAAACAAACCUGGAGCUGUGAACAAUCAUGUAUUAAAUAGAGGCCAAAUUAUAGAGAGAGAGAUGAAAUGGCCUUUAGAUAAAAUGUCAUCAGCUCACCUUUCCAGGUUCCAUUUGCUUCAGCCAUCUUCUGAAGAAACUCCCUCUUUAAUUCAUCCUGAAAGUAAGACUGAAAGUUCACAAAAAGAAGAAACAUCAUCAGUGAACAAAUUGACACCUGUAUUUUCUGUUUUGGGUGCCUUAAUUAGAAGUACUUUGAAUUUUGACAAGAGUGAAUCUGUAGAAGCUUUGGUCAUGCAGAAAAUAGGUCAGCAGUCAGAGUUAGCUGAGCCCGUAUGUGAUGGUCUUCAGUCAUUAAUCUCAAGAAAGCAAUUGCCAUACAGCUUCACAAAGGACGAAGAAAGUCAGCCUGAGGAUUUGGAGAGGCUGGCGGUAUCCAGUGUUCAGCAGCCAGAGUCCUCUGACAACGCAAGGCAAGAAUUUCCUUUACAUAAAAAUGGGCAUACAGAAAAAGAAAGUUUAUUAAGAUCUGAUUUUCAAGUAAGCCAAACAACCCUUAAAGCUAAAACAAAUGUAGAUGAUGUUAAAGUUACUACAGCAAAGUCUUUUUCAGAUCCUCUUGUACCACAGCUUAAUAGGGAUGAGCAUAAGAACUGUGAGCUUCCGCAGGACCAGUCUUCCAAAGGGUCUGAGAGAACUUUGCCUAAGAGUGCAUUGAAACACCUUCAUUGGGAGGAAGAAUCUUCAGCAAGUACAGUGGCAAAUGAAAAACAGGCAUCUGGAAUUUUGAACCUUUUUAGAACUCAAGUGAAUAAGGAAAAAUCGUCAAACUUGGGAAAGAAUUGUGAUAAAGGUAGAAACAUUUCAUCUCAGGAAAAGAAAGAGUCUUCUGGCAUUCCAAAUUUUUUUGGUACCCUUGGGGAUUUUUUGAAAACCAAUGUGUCUCCCAUACAGACAACUGAAAAUAGGUCUGUCUCUUUAGUGACUGAUGAGCAUGAAGGCAGGUCAAGUCCUAACUCUGUACAUCUAGUGCAUCAGGAUACUGGAAAAUUUCCUCCUGUAUUAGUUUCCUCAAAAAAGGUUAGAAUUAGAAGUCUAAACAAACAGACCACUAUUGAUGACAGUGGACUAAGUGAGUUAUCAACCAGGGAGCUGCAGAGUAAUGAUUUGAAUGAAAAAGAGGUACCUUUCAGAGACCAUCAGGUGCAGCAAUCAGCAAGUCCACCUAUCUUAACAGAUAGUCCCAAAGAGUCUCCCAGAGGCUAUUCAAAAGGAACUGGUGCCAUAUCUGUAGGAAUAGAAGAUCUGAGGAAUAAUGAAAAGUGUUUUGAUGCUCUGAGCAGAAGAAAUACAAAUGAACAGGAUCAUUUUCCUAGCAAAGAAUGCAAAUUUUCAGCUGCUACAUCCCCAUCCCAACGGGAGCUUCCAACCAGAAAGAAUAUAUUUUCUUUCUUAACUGGAUCUGAAAAAUCUGAGAACAAAGCCCCACCAGCUCUCCCAAGGGGAAAAUCUCAAGUAGAAGGACUCUUCACACUUCCUUCCUUUUUCUCCACCACUAAUUUAAGCAUCAAGAAGGGUACCUCUCGAAACAGCUCUGCUUUCAGUUUGUUUAACUUGUCCUUUUUGGAUGAGAAGCAGCAGGCCUCUGAGGAGAAGCAAAGCCUUUCAACUGUUGCUCCAGUGAUGGCCCAACCCUGUAAGCAGCCAGUUGUUUCUGUAGACACUAGAGAUACAAUGAAGGAAGGUUCUAACAGUCAUGAAGAAAGCAUAGUCCAGAAAGUAGUUCACAAAGAGCAAAUGGCUCCUUGUGUAUCCGUUUAUAGCACCACUAAGCUUACAACCUCCUUUUCAGAUGAGCUUGUAGAGGAAACCCAGGGAAAAGUGAGUUCCAGUAAGGAAGAAGCAGAAGGAGCAACUGCUUCUGAUUUUCAAACGAUUCAGUUGCUAGACAACGUUGUUCCCCCUUUACCAGAAUUUCAGGAACAAGCCCUGGGCGUAGCUCCUCAUGAAGAAGAGGCUUCCCAUCAGGAAACCUUCCCCAAGGACUCAGAGGCUAAGCCUUUUCCUCAUGAUAAUGGUUUCAUUGAAAAACUCAAUGAUUUAGAUGUUUGUACUGUACACCAAAAUGAAAGAUUUACCACUGACCCAUUGAAUUUGCCAUUGGAAAAUGCCUCUGAUAGUCUCUCAACACAGACCCUGGAUUCACCUUCUACUUCUCCAGGGCCAGGGCAUGCAGGGCUCCUCUGGAACCCAGAUGCAGAUAAAUCAGAAGACAGAUCUGUAUUAGGCUCCAAAGUAGAAAUGCUCUCAGGGUUUGUGACCAAAGUAAAAUCUUUUUCUGGGUGCUUAAUUGAACAGCCUAAGACUUUUUCUGAACUUUUUUCUACUCCUAAAUCUUCAAAGAAAAAUUCCUUUUUUUCUUUUUCCUCUGAUGCAUCAUCUCAGCCCCUCAAAAGUGAGUUUUUUGGAAUUUUCAGAAGUUCCAAACCAGAGACACAUAAACAAGAGCCAUCUGUGCCUACUUCAUGCCUUCAAAGUGGUUGUUCCAGAGACACUAUAGGAUCAGUACCUCCAGAAAGCUUGCACAGACAAGCUGCCUCUGCAGUACUCAAUUCAGAAUCUUCUCCCAGUGGCUGUAGCAUUACUGUGUUUGGUGCAAAGACAGAAUCAGAUACCUUGACAGAUAACCCUAAACCAACACCUGAAAUGGAGAAAAAUAAUAUUCCUGAAAAUAUUUCAGAACCUCCAGGUUUUGAAGCACUUGCUCCAUCUUCUGUUUCAGAGGAUGAUGCAGGGCAAGGAGUAUUAUCUUGGAGUGAUGAAGGAGACAUGGGGAUGUUGCAGGGCACAGACACAGAGGCAUCAUUGGAAGCAGAACAUAUUUUCCCUCCAACACAGCUCCAGCCAGAUUCUGCCUGUAUUUCUGGAGAGAUUCCCCCUUCAAGCCAACCACUUCCCGAUCCAGAGCCAGAGCUGGAGAUCCAGACAGCUGGCACAAACCAAGAGUCCUUGGGGCUUGCAAGCUUUUCUGUAGAAUCCAGUGCUUCACUGUUUGAUGAGGCAGGAGUCUGUGGGACUACCACACUGGAAACACAAGGGUAUCUUUCUUGUCCUUUGCAAGAGGAACCUGAGUUUUGUGCCAAAGAACAUUCUGGUAUACUUCAUGCCCAAAAAGAUCCACCUGAAGCCCUGCAGGAAACAGAGCAGCCAAGACCUCAUUUUGAGAUUCCAAACAUGGCCAGUUGGGCAAAGUUUCCCUUCCCAUCCACUCCUUCUGACCAUGGGAAGACCAUGAGUUCAAUUUUUAACCCCUCUUGCUCAUCUGGUAACAUGGCAGCAGAAACGGGCUUACUGUCAGGUUUUAAGAAGUUAUCCACUCUGUUUGAAGGCACUAGUGAGGGGAAAGGGGGAAUCCUGGGAAAUGAUCCAAAACUAGUUUUCAGAAAGAAACUGGAUCUUUCAUUUCCUUGGUCAAAAGAAAAUAAAGGAGACUCCAAGCAUAUGCCUACAGAAUCUUCUCCUCCAGUUUUGGUUGUUAGCAGGGAUCAGGACCUUAUUGCCAGCAAGGCAAACCAAGUUUUGGAGUCUUCUCAAAUACCUAGUGCUAGUCCUGAGCCAGCUGGCAUAUGUGCUCAGCCCUCUAGGACCACUGAACAGUUGGAGGUCAAGCCAAAUGACUUUGCUCAUGGGCUUUCAAGAUAUGGUGAAGUUGAAAGGCAGCUGGAGAUCCCAGCAUCUGAAGAACACCGGGGUGCAAACAGCGAUCUAUCUGGAUCUACUUGUCCUUCAGAGACAUACAAGGAAGAGCUCUGCACUAUCUCUGGGCUGCUUCAGCCGGAAAAGCAAGAAGAGAUGCCUGCUAGCACUGGCUCUGUUCUGAAUGUGGGACAGCUAGUCAUUCUGGAGGAUGUCAAGGAACCAGUGACCAACAAAAGGCCUGUUCUCAACCCAGGCAUCAUAAAUGGUUUUAAGGAAUUGACCAUUUAUGAUGCAGAUGUCUAGUGGUAGACUAUCAUAGCUUCCUUUUUGUCCAUCCUGUGUCUUUCCUAGCACCUGAGUUUCAUGCUGUUUAGGGGUUAAGUGACAAAAACUAAUGUGUGGCAUUUUUCUAGUGCCAAAUUCAAUUAGUGAUCAAGGAGCAACUAGCAUAAAGGAAAGAAUAUUUGCAUAGUCUGGUUUAUUUUGCCUUUUAUCAAGUGGAAUGGAGAGGACAGGAAGAGGCAGUGAGUAUUUAAGUGGUAUUAUUAUAAGUAUAUAAUCAGAUAGGAUGCUUUCUUGGGUCUUAGACACUUAUAGUAGUUGGGAAUAGUUGUGGUUUUCUUGUUUUGUUUUUUUCUAAGUCUUCUAAGGCGUCUCCUUAGUGGCUGUGAGGGUAUAAAGUAAAAUACAAAGUGCAAAGGAUGAUUUAGGAUUAUAUGUAUUCCUAUUCCAGAUGGAUUUGUAAAACUUCUAGGGUCAUAUAAGCUAUCACAGUGCUCUGGAUAGUUAUAACAAAGGAUAACCCUGGGUUGCCAUGAUACUUUACUCAAAGCUGUAGUUCUUAUGCUGCUGUUCUUUCAUCUGGAGUGCUGAACAAGGUCCAUCUGUAGAGGUUGCUGCUAUUGCCUCUGAGCGUAAGCACUGCAAGUUUAGUUUAGGAAUGUUACUUUGACCUCUGACCCAGACAUAUCCAAAACAUUAGAUCUACUUAGACUGAUGAAGAGUCAGAGAGAGCACAUUUAUCUACUGAGAACCCUGACCUGAUACACAUUCUGCUAAUAUGUACUGAAGAAUCAGAAAUCUGCCUGAAAAUAGCAGGUAACUGAGAAUACUCAUAGGAAAAAUCUCUUUGGAAAACAACAAUUCUUUUAAUCUGACCAGAGGUAAAUAUAAGACCUCAAGUUAAAGACUUGACUCUAGAAAAAAACAAAACCAAUUCUCUUUGCAUAAAAGCUUUCCAGCAGGAUACCUACUAGUAAGAAAACCAGAACUCAACUUGGGAUUGAAAUGUCCAAAUGGGCUGACCUUGUCUCACUCAUUUCCAAGUCCAUCCGUCUUCAUUAAGACUGAAUCCAUUGGAAGAUGAGCUUUAUAGUUCUAGGGAGUAUCUUGAUAAUGUUCUUGACAGUCAUAAUCACAGUUAUUCUCAGCUACAACUUCUAACUCUCAUAGCAGGGAACACUUCUUUCUGUACAUGGGAAUUCAGGUGAUGGAGCAAGGACUGAACUGGCCUCACUUGAUAGAUUAGUCCUGAUUUUAGGGAGUAGGACUUAGUUCACUUUAUGUAUGACUGAGUCUUGACCCAAGACAGACUCAGCUACAGAUGGAUGGAUUUAUCUUAGGGAUAUUCCUCAUGCCACUAAUGAUGUCACUAUUGCAUUUGUGUUGGUGAAACCUAGGGAAUUCCCCCGCAGAAUUUCUUAAUCCUGGUCUUCAUCUCCUAGUGACUUCCAUAGUUUAUCCUGCAGCCUAUAGGAACAUGCCCCUGUGCUGUGCUGAAGCCCAGGCGCACACACUGUAAUUGCAGAGGAAGUAGUAAGGACUUCUUUUAUUAACUAAUAGAAGGGAGUGGAGCUUAUUUACUGCACUUUACUAUGUAGAAUUUGGGAGACUUUAGUCACAGCCACUGGGAAACUUUCUUUAGAAGGCGGAGUAAAGAGUUUCAUAAAUAAGCAGCAGGCCAUUUUACUCUUUCUUCAUUCUACUGACAGGUAGCAAUUAGGUAAAAUAUUCUUUGAAGUCAGGACUGAAGUCAUAGUUGAAGUGGUGUCAGCAAGUUUAGUAUGUUGUCUUUUGUCCCCUUUGUGAUUGUGCUGAAUGACUAGAACAAUUUUUCUAGAUUCAAAUGUUUGCCCUUGCUUCCUAGGAAUCUAUUUGUGCUUAUUUGUGCUUUAUCAAUUAUUAGUUCCCAGGUGUGUCUAUAUUUGUGGUCUGGUCCUCAGUUUGCAUUUAUUUACUAGUUUUCUUUUCAU